AUGUCACCUCCUGGCGCUAUCCCCCCAACUCCCAACACCUUAGCAGCCCAACACACAUCACCUCAUCCAUCUCGACGCAGCGGUAAUUCACCAUCCGAAAGUCCGGCUGAGAGCUCGAGACUCUCAAACGACGCGAGCGGCUCCCUUCUUUCGCCAGGGAGGAAGAGAAGAAAGGUCACCAGAAGCAAGCUGGGCUGCUUGACAUGUCGAAGGAGGAGAAAACUUUGUGACAUGAGUAAACCGAAGUGUGGUGCUUGUGAUCGAUUGAAGCUCGAAUGUGCCUGGCCUCAAGAGGAGCUAGUGAGACAACCUCGAAGGAUAUCCCAACCUGCCGCGCCUUCUCCUUCUCUUUCAAUCGUCGCCAACACUGUCCCAACAAAUAAUCUCUUCACCCAACACCAAGAUCAUACCCAACCUUUUCUGAUGGGCUCAAAUGAUGUAUCACGGACGUACCCAGUCACAGAUACCAUGGAUGAUUUUGUAGGGAUCUUUGGGAAUAUCGGUAGUAGCGGUGGUAGUCAAGUGCCGAACCAGGUCAAUGGGAAUCACGACAUAGGGACAGAGCUGCUCGGCACGAAUUUUAGCAAUCACCAAUUCAAUAAUCAUUCUACUUCGUCUGUAGAUGACACUGGUCUGAUAGACUGGCUAGCUGGAGGUGGUAAUCUUGAUGAAGCGACCCUUCAACUUUGGGCAGCUGAUUGUCUUGCAGUGCCAACUACUCAAACAUUCAAUGCCUUCGAUUCUCUUAACAGCGUACUUCUUCAGCCAAGCCCUCCUUCGGACCAGACCAUAGACCCCAAUAAUGUAACCAUGAAUGGUGAAGCUGGGACAUCAAGUAAUCGUUUACGCUCGCGUCCAGCAUCUCGUCGGCCAUCUCGAUCACCUUCUCAUCGAAGUAGCGGAACUCCCCCAGGUAGCUCACACACAGCCGUCCUGAAUUAUUUCCAUGAAUCACUUGCUCGCUUGGUCUCGUGCACUGGUGAAUCAGCCCCCAGUGCGUUCGAAUCAUUCACAAAACUCGCCAAUAUGACAGCCGGACGGGGACCAGCGGGACAAAGUCUACAUCUCAGUAUACUAGCUUGGGCUGCACGUCAUAUGGUCAAUCGUGGAUUAGCAAAGUACGAGGCUGUCAGUGAGAAGUUUAGUUUACAAGCAACGAGUCUCCUUGAUACUCGCAUGGAACAGUUAUUCGAUAAAAAGGGGAAAGAAAAGCCACCGGCAGAUUCCGAAAAUCAGGAUAGAGAUACAGAAAAAAUGACACUACUGGCUGCUGCCCUCAUGAUAAUGCAAUUCAAGAUUUGUCGAGGCGAUGUGUGGGGAUUUAGUACGUUGGUCCAACACUUGACACGUCUCGUCCCAUUCGUUUUCAACAAUCAAGUCCUUGAGCUACACCCAGAUUCAAUGCAUACUUCAUUCUUUGAAAAUCUCCUCUACCAUGACGUACUCGGAUCCUUCAUCUUUACUCGUGCGCCCAUGAUUCCCAAGUCUAUUGCCCAGAAGUACAGUCGCGCAGGACUAGACACACUUCACACCCUUACCGGAGUCAGCCUUCCGCUCUUCUCGCGGAUGCAUCGUCUUGCGGAAUUGAUACGUCUAAGACGCUCGCGACAAGGCAAAGGUUGGAGUGACGAGCAUCUCCUGGACGUGGUGAAACCUGCGCUCCAAAUCGAGGCAGAGCUGAAUGAGGAGAAGACGAGACUGGACGAGCUUGUUUUAGCCAAGCCUCAUAUUCAAGCUCAUCGAUACCUUCACGAGGCGUUCAGAACCGCUUGUCUUCUGCAAUUACGUUGUUUCGUCCUCUGCGAACCGCCCAGUUCCCUCAACAUCCGUCUACUGGUUAGACAAUGUCUCUCGCUCCUGGAAGCUAUGUUUGAUCAGAAUCUUCCAGGACUUUGUUCGGCACAUUGGGUCGUCUUUUUAGCCGCAUUAUGUUCCAUCCGUGGUGGACAAGAAGAAGAGGAGCUAGAUGAUCGGCAGAGAAGUGAUAGGAUUUAUGAAGAUUUAUACAAUGAGUUCGGAUUCCGGAAUAUCGAGAGGUCGCAAAAGAUUGUACAUGACUUCUGGAAGAACAACGCGGAUGGAUCUCAAUUUGUGGAUUGGCUGGACGUGGUAGAAGAAAAUGACUGGGAGAUUUUUGUUGUAUAA